AUGCGGUCCUACAAUGGCCGGACGCGCAUAGUAAUCGCGGCGGCUGCGAUUACUACAUGCAUCUUCAUUCUCUUUACUGUAUUUCGGGUCACGUUUGAUGGUGACGGGCUGUCUAUCACCCCGGCCCCAGAGCAUCCCUUCUUCUAUGAGAAUGAGUCGCAAUCCACGGAUGCUGGGCAUGGCGUGGGGCAUGACGAUGACAAGGAGGAGGAUCAGGAGGAUGAAUUGAACGCUUAUCGCAAACGACCCGGCUACGAAAACGACUACCGACUACUGACGAGUCUGCGGAAUAGCAUGGGCUUCUACAACAAGAUCGACGUCAAGAAGACGGGCUACCAGAUCAUGAACCCGACCCUCCUCGAGCUUCCCCGUGGGAGCAACAGCGCUCACGAUUUCCUCGUCAUUGCGCGAACGCUACACGUCGACAAGGUUAUCAACGGUACCAAGUACAGACUCGCUCGCCAAGUCGCCACCUUUGCCAACCUUACAUACACCAAACUCGGACGCCCGGUAUUACAGUCAAGCAACAGAUGGGCCAAGCUCCUUGUACAAGACUUUGCCGGGCCAGAACACCAUUGCCAGCAUCAGCCCGACAUGGACAAGUAUAUUGGCCCAGAAGAUAUGAAGUUGUUCUGGACAAGAAAGGGCGAACCUCUUCUCAUAUUUACUUACCAAGUCAACGACGAGGUGCUCUGUCAAGGGCAAUUCAUCGUCGACGUACGGGCAGCACUUCCAGAGCUUGAGCGUGUCUUGGGAGAAGAAUACGCCAAGAAGAUGCCCCCAAUCCAAUUCAAGACACCAGUUGGACUUCGUCGCCAGCCUCCAUCAGGACAAGAAUCCCACCCCCGAUACCAACGCGAGAAGAACUGGGCGCCCGCCCAAUCCCCCUUCAGCAACGAAGACGAACUCCUCUUCAUGGUGGAACCAGGCCAAUUAUUCCGCUGGACGGAAGACGACGAGCCGGUCCAAGAGGUGGUGGCCGAGAAGGACCAAAUCUCGGCGGUCGAGGCGCCGUAUCCAAUUGGCGUCAAGCCUGAAGACACAUGGCACAGCGACAAGAAGAUGACGUGUAUGCAUGACGUUAUGCUCUCAGAUAAGGGCGUCCACCAGUCGAGUCCCAUGCUCAGCCUCACGCUUUGUAAUAGAGGCGAUUGCGAGCCGGAUGAGCAAAACACGGUCAUGCUGGGCAUGGUUCAACGUCGACGCGACACAUGGGAAGCAGGCUAUCUAUGGUACGAUCGACGGAUUGCCGCGUACUCUGCUGCGCCACCAUACAACAUGGUGAGCGUGAGUAGAAAGCUCUCGUAUCACGGGGAGGUGGACGGUCAGUACAUCUGGACAGGGAGCAUGGUGUAUUUUGCGAAUCAGACGGACGAAUUCCCAGGGAACCACGGAUUUUUGGAUGACGAGAUUUGGCUCAGCUUUGGCAUCAAGGAUUCUGCGGCAGGGUGGAUAGACAUCAAAGCGAGGGACCUCAUUACGGAUCAUUAUUUAUGUCAGGGCGCAUCGGAAGGGUAUAGACAGCAUAGACUUAAUUUGGAAGAGUAG